UAUAUGUAUUUCUAUAUGCAUCAGCUGUUUUUUAUAUCAUAGUCGAAAAUCGAACUAUUUAUUAAUUUUUAAUUAAAUAUUGCUCAAAAAUGGCUCUAAGAAGAGCUUUUCUUAGGAUAGGAAAUAUUCAACGAUCGACUUGUAGGAGUCUUUGUACAAGUCAAACGCUGUGUACUCAGACUGCUCCAAAAGAAGAAAAAUAUGAGAAAAAACAAACACACUUUGGUUUCGAAACUGUUGACGAGGAGGAAAAAACUAAGAAAGUUCACCAAGUAUUCGAGACAGUGGCUGACAAGUACGAUCUGAUGAAUGAUGUGAUGUCUCUGGGGAUCCACCGAGUCUGGAAGGACAUUUUCAUGCAGAGGCUGGCUCCCACACCAGGAACCAAGUUGCUUGAUAUGGCUGGUGGCACAGGUGACAUAUCAUUCAGAUACAUCAACUACUUGAGAAACUUGGGUCCAAGUGCAGCUGACAAGCCGAGCAGUGUGACAGUGAGUGAUAUCAACCAGGCCAUGCUGGAUGUGGGGAAGGUCAGAGCAGAAAGACAAGGCUACGCCAACGACCCCCUGGUGGCUGUGGACUGGCUGUGCGCGGACGCAGAGCAGCUGCCUCUGCCUGAUGAGUGCUACACAGCUUACACCAUAGCUUUUGGCAUUCGGAAUUGCACGCAUGUGGAUAAGGUGUUAGAAGAAGCGUACCGCGUGCUGCAGCCGGGCGGCCGCUUCCUCUGCCUCGAGUUCAGCCAGCUGCCCAACUCGCAGUUGCAGUGGAUGUACGACCAAUAUUCGUUCCAAGUGAUCCCGGUGCUGGGGCAGCUGGUGGCGGGCCAGUGGAAGCCUUACCAGUACCUCGUCGAGAGCAUCCGGCAGUUCCCUGACCAGGAAACCUUCAAAUCGAUGAUCGAGAAUGCAGGCUUCAGACACGUCACAUACGAAAAUUUAACAUUCGGCGUGUGCUCCAUACAUUCAGGAUUUAAGAUAUAAGAUUGAAUAGAUAGUAAUUGUUAGGUGUUCUUGUUAAUUGAUGCGUUAUUUAUCUCAUAAAAACUUUAGAAUA